AUGUCUAACGAGCUUAAUCCCGAUCGCCCUCUUAUUGUUGGCCCCGAGAAACCAGAAAGCCCUUAUCCUCAUUCCGUCGCUGGCAAGGUUGUUAGUGGGUUCGGUAGAGGUUCCAAAGAGUUGGGCAUUCCUACUGGUAGGUUCUUAAUAAGCGUUUGCCCACCCCCGCAGCUUUUGACAUUAGGUUUAAACCCUCUAUUUUUUUACCCACGUACACACACACUAAAAACAAAUGUGACAAUUAUAGCCAAUUUGUCAGAGGAAGCACUUGAAGCAAUGUGUACAGAGUUUACCACGGGUGUUUAUUAUGGUUGGGUACAAAUUGCUGAGAAAGGAUCUGAAGUAUACCCCAUGGUGAUGAGCUUGGGUUGGAACCCUUACUACAAGAACGAAAAGCGAUCGGCUGAGGUACACAUCAUUCACGAAUUCAAAGAUGACUUUUAUGGAAUUGAUAUCCGCGUAAUUGUGCUCGGAUACGUCCGACCAGAACAAAACUAUCCAUCACUAGAUGCCCUAAUUCGAGAUAUCCGGACUGAUGUUGAGGUGGCCAAGACAUCUCUUCAACGUCCAGCUUACCUAGAUUUCAAGCAACACGAACUUUUUACGAAGCAGUAG